UGGGGCCGAGAGCAGGGGUUGCGGCCCGGCAGCGGGAUGUGGUGGCGGGCCGGGACGCUGCCUCGCUGCUCGGGACCGCACCAUGCACCCGGCCGUGGCGGUGGGGCUGGUGUUCAGCGGCUGCUGCAGCAACGUGGUGUUCCUGGAGCUGCUGGUCAGGCAGUUUCCAGGCUGUGGGAACAUAGUGACAUUCUCCCAGUUCCUCUUCAUUGCGGUGGAAGGCUUUAUCUUUGAAGUCAACUUUGGGAGGAAGAAGCCAGCCAUACCAUUAAGGUACUAUUUCAUCAUGGUGGCAAUGUUCUUCACCGUCAGCGUGGUGAAUAACUAUGCCCUGAACUUGAACAUCGCCAUGCCGCUGCACAUGAUCUUCAGAUCGGGCUCUCUCAUUGCAAGCAUGGCUCUAGGAAUCAUAAUUUUGAAGAAAAGAUACAGCAUCUAUAAAUACACGUCCAUAGCCCUGGUGUCCUUGGGGAUCUUUACCUGCACUUUCAUGUCUGCAAAACAAGUGGCAUCUGACUCUGGUUUAAAUGAAGAGGAUGGCCUGCAGGUUUUCUUGUGGUGGCUGCUAGGUAUUGCUGCGCUCACCUUUGCCCUCCUCAUGUCUGCCAGGAUGGGGAUUUUCCAGGAGACACUCUACAAGCAGUUUGGGAAGCACUCCAAAGAGGCCCUUUUUUACAAUCACGCGUUACCACUCCCUGGCUUUCUUCUCCUUGCCCCAAACAUCUACCACCAUGCAGUUCUCUUCAGCCAGUCUGAGCCGUUCCAGGUCCCAGUGAUUGGCCUGACCAUGCCAAUCAUGUGGUUCUACCUCCUCAUGAACGUCAUCACUCAAUACGUCUGCAUCCGAGGCGUCUUCAUCCUCACCACGGAGUGCACCUCCCUGACCGUCACGCUGGUGGUGACGCUGCGCAAGUUCGUCAGCCUCAUCUUCUCCAUCCUCUACUUCCACAACCCCUUCACGGCCUGGCACUGGCUGGGCACCUCCUUUGUCUUCGUGGGGACUCUGAUGUACACCGAGGUGUGGAACAGCCUGGGGCCCUUCCUGGCGCGCUGGAGGAAGAGGCCAAAGGAGGAAUAAGAUCUGUGGACUGUCUGCGGGGACUUUCUUUUGUAGAGCAGAGCAGCAGGGAAUCCCCCGAGGGGGUCGUUUUUGUAUCGUGGGGAGGAGGUGUUGGCUGUGCCAAGCUCCUGGGAAUGUGGAGCCCCACUGGGAACCUCUCUGACAUGGAUCAUGGAGACAAGGCAGUUGUUUCUGCCAUGGUUGCAUUUUUUUACUCGGUUCCUUUUGCUUCCAGCUUUCCCCCCCUGAUGGUCAUUUGUUGUUCCUUUAAUGAAUGUAGGAUGUAGAAGCUGAACCCAUUCUCUGCUAGAACCCCAGCCUCCCUGUGCUGCUCUUGUCCACUCCUCCUGCCUUGGUGAGCUGCACCUUGAGCCUGUUUGGUGCCAUCCUUUCAUGUUGAGGUGGCUGUAGUGAAGCCCCAGGGUGCAGCAGGUUGUGAGUUACACUGGAAAAGCCGGGCCUGGCUGUUAACCCCAGUCUUUGUUGCCCUAUCUUACCACCUAUGCUGGAUACAUCUCUAGCUAGAACCUUCCAGUCUGCCCAGUAGUUCCUCCACUGGCUCAGGGGGCUGAUCCUCAGGCCACUGAGACCCCAUCACUAGUAGCCUGAGAAAGCCAAAAGGAGGUGGUGCUAAGGGGACAGAAAGUGCCAUUGUGUCACUUCUGCAGCCUUUGCCAGGAGAUGGUGAAGUGCUGUUGAGGCUUCAUUGAGUCCUCAGAUGUUGCCCUGAUACUUCAGCAGCUGGAGGGUAUCAUGGGUUCCUCCUGCUUUGAUGAGGUCCUCAGUGCAGGUCACUUUCCAGUUGCUUCCUUUUUCCCCUCAUCACAAGCAUGUUCAGAGGGCUUCAUUGCCAACAGUCAGCUGCAACGAGCUUUGCUUAGCCCCCAGUGUGGCCAGGGUUACCCCAGAGCCAGCCCAACCUCAGGGUUCACAUCAUGCCAAGAAACACAAGCUGGCCACUUCACCUCAACUUUCCUCUCGUCCUUCUCCACCUUCACCUUCUUUCUCAUUCUCCUCCAUUUCCUCCUCUCCUUUCCUCUCUUUUUUUUUCUUCUCUCUGUAAUUUCUUUACUCUCUUUCCCUCCUCCUCCCUCCCCUCCUCUUCCUCCCUACUUCCCAUCCUCCUCUUUACCCCUCUUUCUCCCUUCCCCUCCUCUUCGCUACCCCUCUUUCUCCCUACCCCUUCUCCUCCCUUCCUCUCCUCCUCCCCCUCAUCUCCACUCCCCUCCCCUCUGUUGGGCAUCAGCCUCACUCAUGGCAUUUCUGUGCAUCCUAGCAGCACCCACCUGGCACAGGACUGAUGUCCCUUAGUCUCACCCCUCCUCUGGGACAGGGAUGUGUCUCUCAGCAAGGUGCCACAGCUCAUCCAGGAGCAGCUUGGUGUUGAGCAAGAGCAGAGGUUGGCACACAGCCUUGUCUUGGUUUUGUCAUGCUGAUGCUGUCCCCCUCAGCUGUGAUAAUUGGAGCAUCCAGCUAUGUCAACCUGAUUCUCAUCAAGCUUGGCCAAGUAA